AUGCCAGAUACAUCUUCACCACUACGAGAUGUGGAUACGUCAUUGCCCUCUUCAAGUUCACACUCGGGGCCUGAAUCACUCGAUACAAUAUUCAUCAAGAACACUAGCAUUUCCAAGGCCUGCUGGAAGAUUCUCACCACAACAUUUGGUCACACAGAGUAUAAAGGGAAACAGAAGGAGGUUGUAGAGGCUGCGGUACAAGGCCUCGAUGUUUUUGUCCUAGCACCAACGGGAAUGGGAAAGAGUCUGUGCUUCCAGGUACCUGCACUUGCUGCUCGACAUGGCGUUACAGUGGUAGUCUCUCCACUUCUUGCGCUGAUGAAGAAUCAGGUUGCCAAGUUGCGCAGCGUCUAUGUCUCUGUGGCCGCAAUCACAUCCGAGACUUCCCAUGAGGACAGAAUAUAUAUUCUCGAAGACCUCAACUCGGGCCAUCCAGAGAUCCGCCUUCUUUAUGUCAGCCCAGAGAAAUUUUGUACCCCCGAGUUCAAUAAGCUUCUCGGCAGACUCGAUGAGCGGGCUCAACUCAACCGGCUCGUUGUGGAUGAGGCUCAUUGUAUAUCGGAAUGGGGGCAUGAUUUUCGUGAAGAGUACCGACGUCUUGGGUCGUUCCGAGAUAGAUUUCCUUAUAUCCCCAUUAUGGCCUUGACGGCUACAGCAACCCCUGUCGUGCAAGAAGACAUUGUUAGAAGCUUGCACAUGCCCCGGGAACGCCUUUUCAAAGUCGUCCAUCCGUUCAACAGAGCGAAUCUCUUCUAUGAAGUCCGCUACCUGUCGUCUGCAGAUCCAGCUGCACAUAUGGUGGACAUAUUUGAUUACAUUAGCAAUUUGCAUCAUAGACGAGGACGUCCCUCUUCUGGCAUCAUCUACUGUCGCACUCGUGCGACGUGUGACAAUCUUGCUCAUUAUCUCCGAGGCAAAGGGCUCAAUGCGCGCCCAUAUCAUCGAGGUAUAGGUUCUAUUGUCCUCGACAGGACACUAGCCGAGUGGGAACGGGGUGGUUCAGGGCAAGGUGGCAUUGACGUUGUUUGCGCUACUAUAGCGUUUGGAAUGGGGAUCGACAAGGCUGAUGUUCGGUACAUUUUGCAUUAUGAUCUCCCCAAGAGUUUUGAAGGAUACUAUCAAGAAACAGGCCGAGGAGGACGCGACGGCUUGCCAUCAAAGUGCAUCUUGUUCUAUUCAAGAGAAGACGUGAUCAGAGUUCGUAAUUGGGUUUCUGGCUCGCAUGCAAAACGUUUAGAGCGAGCGGAGUCGCUAGAAGGCCCCAUGCCGAGCCAGCGUGCCGUGGAUAGUCUCACUGCGUUGAUCAACUUUGCGGAAGGCGUAAAUGUUUGUCGCCAUAUCACUAUUUGCAGGUACUUCGGUGAGCAUAUCGAUACAAACAGCCCAGAGGUAGCGAAAGGCUAUUGCGAUGGCAUGUGUGAUGUGUGCAAGUCCCCGGACAAGACGAAGCGACGGAAGUCGGAUCUGUCACCUGAAGCGCUUGUCAGCUCGCAGAUUGCUGUGUUACAGCGUCAAGCGGGCAGUAAUAAGGACGAUGAGGGCUCUCGUCGGAAGCAAAACUCUAUGUAUCCAAAUCACGGUUCGGCUUCUCGUCCCGCACCGAAAACCUCAACAAGCUCCGGGUGGAGGAAGAAUCUCAGGGACGGCGAUGAUGACGACGUAUCCAUAAGCUGGGACGUAUCUGAUGCAUGCAACAACGCCAGAGCCUCGGGUCCGUCUACCAGUAUCCGCAGAGCACCCAGCUCGAAGUCUUUUAAACGACCUGCUAGUUUCGACAAGAGAGACUAUGGUUGCGGGAAGAAGGUGAAAGUCAACACUCCUAUGCCUCUGGGAAUGUCAUCCAGGUUGAAACAGACCAUUAAUAAGCCUUUCAGAUCACCAUUUAUGCCAGUACCUCUUGGAAGUUCUCUCAGUCGGAGCGAAACUCCGCGGAGCCCGAUGGAUGGCCCUAUAGAAAUUGAUAGAUUGGACGAUGGAGAUACUACCGAGGGGUCCACUGCGUCGCGAUCAGCUUCGGAAGAUAGAAUCAUCGAUAUUUCAUGCCUGAAUAACGAAUCUGAGGAGAACGCUAUCCGGAACCGAUCUUCAACACCGAGUCAACUCCCCGAUACCGACAUCGAGCUGGAAGCUCUUUUCUCCCAGAAGAAGGUCUCUAUUGAAACACGACAGGAAACAUUUGAUCAGCUUCGAGGGGCCCUUCAUCGCGUUUUCUCUCAGAGUAGCGCAGCGGGCCUUCUGUGGCAAAUACUGAGUAUGGAUUCGGCGGAUGACAAUAUUAGGAACGAUGCUCUGGCUAACGUGGCGCAGAGAGUUGAGUUCGAGGCACUUUCGUUGUGCACGACUGAGGACGGUUACAAGAUUCGAUCGCGGGAACGAAUCCAAGCAGUACAGCAACUCUCCAGGCCUGAAGUGUGGGAUGGCAAGACAUUGAACAAUCUUGAGUACGCGUGUGAAAUUGCAGAAACGACGAAACAGGUCUGCGCCCAGGCUCGGAGAAGCAUCAAGGGUAAAGGACGGGCAAGGUCGUGA